AUGGAUCGCGAAAAGGCUCAGGCGUACGCGGCGCUCGCGGCGCAGAUGACGGAGCUGCACACGUCCAUUGCGCUGCUGGCACAGAACGUGGAGAAGAUGGCGCGUACGGACGCGGAGGUUGCGGCCAUGACGUGCAUCUUCAAUGGCGUGUUCAAGAACGCGGCGCAGCAGACAAACUACCGCGACACAUCGACAACGUCUGCGUAA